GUCCGCGCGUCGCAUUCCUCGCUGGAGCAGGCUACAGUCGGUCCGUGUUACGCGUUGAGCUAUGUGGUGCACACGGUGGUACCUACCCCUUGUCCUGCUUCCAUUUCCUAUCGCGCCACCAUUCUUCCUCUGGCUGUUCCUCUUCUCAUUGACGCUACAUGCACGGCCAUGCUUUUACUGCAUAGUCCUGCUCUCGGCUAUGUUCGUGUCCUCCUGCUACUGGCCGCCAGUACCACUCGAAAGCCCGUUGACCGUGCCCUGGUCAGAAAAUAUCACCACAUACGCUGACGCUCUCGCCGCGCUGCUGCCUACCCUCCCGGAGGCUAUGAAGCCCGCGAAUGUGCCCAUGCUCGACCGCUGUUGGUGUGACAUCCCGAGCGCGGGUGCCUUCAUACCUUUCAAUGUCACGCGCUGGGAGCAGCAAAGCGUGCUUCGAUUGAAGGGCGAGUUGGAGGAGAAGAUGAAAUCUCGUGAGAAGGAUAGCGAAGACGUGGCGGCCGGUUCGUCACCGCGUUCACAAUCGACACAGCCUCCGCCGGAUGAAGUCGAAGGUCGAUCAAGACUACUGUCCGGAAUCUGGGAGUCUGUCUGGCCGUUCGCCCGAGAAUCAGCGCAAAAUAUGACUGCCCCACCCCUCAUCCCGCAUAACGCAUCCCUCGAUUUGUUAUCACGCCAUCCAGAGGAUCUACCAUCUGUAACGGAUGCAAACAACUCAACUAAUCCGACAGCGCUCGAGACCCUAAGUCAAUCUCUCAGUUUACCGCUCCUACGCCGAGAAUACGACCUACGAUCAUACGGAUUCGCCCUUAUAUUGGACUUCGGAUGGUCAACGCCUGCAUGACAAUCAUGGAAGUGUCAACGCUGUCGACAUUCCAGCAUGUACUUGUGGAUGUCUAUACCUUACUGUAAUACGCCAUACCUAAACUGCCGCAAACACUCUAUCAACGUUUGCAGAACAUAAA